AUGCAAUUUGGGUGUGAACCGGAUGAGAUUAAGCAGUUUAUCAAUGCAAGAUACAUUAGCGCUCUGGAAGCAGCAUGGCGACUGUUUGGAAUGCAUUUACAUGAAGAAGUACCAAAUGUUGUGAGACUUGUGUUGCACCUUCCAGGAAUGCAUCAGGUUGUUUAUGAUCCAAAUGAUGAAGCUGCAAUUAUUCUAUCCCAUGCAGACCGUCAGAAAACAACCCUAACUGAAUUUUUUGAGACUUGGUUUGCUAUUGGUAGAAUAUACUUUGCGGACCCAUUAGCUGGAGAACGGUUUUAUCUACGACUUUUACUUACUGUCAUCCGUAGUCCACAGUCAUUCAAGCAUCUGAGAACUGUUAAUGAGGAAGCUUCUAUUAUGCGCAAUGGCUCACAAUUGAGAUCACUUUUUGCAGUUAUUCUAAUCCAAUAUAUACCAACGUAUCCAGAAAGAUUGUGGUUAAAUUUUCGUGCCAAUAUCUGCGAUGAUCUCUAUUAUCGGUUACAUAAUGAGCAUGCUAUUCCAGAACCAACUGAAGACCAGGUGUAUGACUAUGGGCUAUUUUUAAUUGAUGAAAUCUUACAUAAUUCAAAUAUGUCACUUGCUAUGUGUCCUUCAAUGCCUCAUUGGGACCGCAAUUGGGGCCUUUAUCAUGGAAAUCGUCUUAUUGCUGAACAAUUAGCUUGGGAUUAUGAACGACUUCAAUUAUUAGUUGAAAAUCGCAUUCAACAACUAAAUAACGACCAAAAAAAAGAAUCAGAAGAAAAUAAACUUUUCGCAAACUGGCUUUUGGAGGUUGGAAAUGGAACAAAUACCUCAGAAUUACAAAAUAUGAUGUCACUUCCUGAUCACAUGCAA